AUGUUCUUUACCGCAUUCUCUCUCUCUCGCCCUGCCGCAUUCGCUCACUCUCGCUCUUCCGCAUUCUCUCUCUCUCGCUCUGCCGCAUUCUCUCUCUCGCCCUGCCGCAUUCUCUCUCUCGCCCUGCCGCAUUCUCUCUCUCUCGUGCGCGCGCGCGCGCUCUGCCGCAUUCUCUCUCACGCCCUGCCGCAUUCUCUCUCUCUCGCUCUGCCGCAUUCGCUCACUCUCGCUCUUCCGCAUUCUCUCUCUCUUGCUCUGCCGCAUUCUCUCUCUCUCUCUCUCUCUCUCUCUCUCUCUCUCUCUCUCUCUCUCUCUCUCUCUCUCUCUCUCUCUCUCUCUCUCUCUCUCGUGCGCACGCGCGCGCGCUCUGCCGCAUUCUCUCUCUCUCGCCCUGCCGCAUUCGCUCACUCUUGCUCUUCCGCAUUCUCUCUCUCUCGCUCUGCCGCAUUCUCUCUCUCGCCCUGCCGCAUUCUCUCUCUCGCCCUGCCGCAUUCUCUCUCUCUCGUGCGCGCGCGCGCGCGCGCUCUGCCGCAUUCUCUCUCACGCCCUGCCGCAUUCUCUCUCUCUCGCUCUGCCGCAUUCGCUCACUCUCGCUCUUCCGCAUUCUCUCUCACUCUUGCUCUGCCGCAUUCUCUCUCUCUCUCUCUCUCUCUCUCUCUCUCUCUCUCUCUCUCUCUCUCUCUCUCUCUCUCUCUCUCUCUCUCUCUCUCUCUCUCUCUCUCUCGUGCGCACGCGCGCGCGCUCUGCCGCAUUCUCUCUCACGCCCUGCCGCAUUCUCUCUCUGGCUCUGCCGCAUUCGCUCACUCUCGCUCUUCCGCAUUCUCUCUCACUCUUGCUCUGCCGCAUUCUCUCUCUCUCGCCCUGCCGCAUUCGCUCACUCUCGCUCUUCCGCAUUCUCUCUCUCUCGCUCUGCCGCAUUCUCUCUCUCUCGCCCUGCCGCAUUCGCUCACUCUCGCUCUUCCGCAUUCUCUCUCACUCUUGCUCUGCCGCAUUCUCUCUCUCUCGCUCUGCCGCAUUCGCUCACUCUCGCUCUUCCGCAUUCUCUCUCUCUCGCUCUGCCGCAUUCUCUCUCUCACGCCCUGCCGCAUUCUCUCUCUCUCUCUCUCUCUCUCUCUAUCUCUCUCUCUCUCUCUCUCUCUCUCUCUCUCUCUCUCUCUCUCUCUCUCUCUCUCUCUCUCUCUCUCUCUCUCUCUCUCUCUCUCUCUCGUGCGCGCUCAGUCCCUCUCUGACCAAUUCCCUCCUCCUUUGCCACGUUCACUCACGCUCUGCCCCAUUCACUCCCUCGUUGCCCCAUUCACUCCCUGUCUGCCCCAGUCAGUCCCUCUCUGA